AAAAAGUGUGUGGGGCUGACAUUUUAGAGAUUGUAUCAAGGCUUAAAUACAGUAAACAGAUACAAAUGGAUGUAGGUUGCAGUAGUUAUGCAGAGAUGAAGCAGCUUGGGCAGGAUAUACUACCACGGAGAGCUGCAUCGAACCAGUCUCUGGCCUGAAUACCAAAGUAAUGACACAUUUUUUGAACGUACGAGUAGGAAAACUGGUGGUGGUGUCGUCGUCGGUAUUAUUGUCGUCGUCCUGGGCACGACGUUAAACUGCCCCCCAACCCAAGGUGUGGUGCGACCCGUGCCGAGGGGUGCGUGGCACAGGGGAGCUGUGCCUCGAACGGGGCCUCUGGGAUACCGGGCGCCCUCCCAGAGUAUCCAGCCUAGCCCGGGCAAGCGGGGCUCUGUCCGGGUGGUCCACACAUUCCUCAGCUUCUCGUGGGAUCAUAGAGAAAAAAUCUGAAAUUAGCUCCGAGCGAGCAGAUGCCGAGAAUUCCGGGGGACCUCUCUGUGAGGUGACCCGGGAGUCAGAACAGACCGAAGGUGAACUUGGUGUGAGGGGGCCUCAGUAUGAGGGGACCCUGUGCCUCGUAAACAAUAAUAAAAAUACUGUUGCAGAGGGAGAGUAUUCAAAACUCGCAACAGGAGGGACCUCAGCUGUUGUACCCGACGCUGGGAAGACCGACACGUCCAAAAAUUGCUCUGAAAGAGCACUCUGGGCAAGAGGCGACAGUGCUGGGGUGGAGAGCUCGUACCUCGCAGGCGAGUCUGUGCGAGACACCCCUGUCGCAGAGAAUGCAGAUGUGGCUUCAGCAGAGAUGUGUGGGGAUCUUUUGGGAGAGAGAGAGAUGUCUGGCAUCGUAAAAGAGGUAAUGGAUAAAUUGAGAGAAGCUGAAAAUUCUGUAGGAGUGGAAGAUGGAAACGGGAAAACUGAACAGAAAAUGGAAAAAGAAUGUGGUGAAUCUGGCAAAUUUGGUGCUGUGGUGGAACUGGAAACUGAUGGGAAGGAGGCGGAUGUUGGCCGAGAGAAACUCAAAAAGGAGCGCUGGUCCAGGGCACAGAAACUCCAAAGGAAAAUAAUGCAGGUUGAGGCAGCACUGAAGCUAGAGAUUGCUAAAGUUGAACAAAAGAAACAGAAACUGGAGGGAAUAGCGCUACGCUGUGAAACAAGUAAUGGGGAAGGUGACAGGAAGGACACAUUUGUUGCUGAGGAGCAACUAAAAAAAAUGCGUCUUUCGGGUGCACAGAGGCGAAAAAUGAAAAAAAUGAUGGCCAGGGCAGCAGGGGAGAGAGUGCUUACUAAAUCUGAACAAAAGAAACGUAAACUGGAGGAAGUUACUCCAAACUACGAAAUAGGAAACGGAGAGGCUAAAAAAGUAACUAGCACCGUUCAAAACGAAGCACCUGUUCUGUCAGUACCUCCAGUCUACACAGACAGACAACUAAGAAGAUUUCAAUGUAAGUUGAAAGCUAAAAAAUUUAAAACAAACACUGAUGGAGGGAAAGCUCCUGUUCUGUCAGUACCUCUGGUCUCCACAAAGAAACGUGUAAAAAGAUUAAAACGGAAAUUGAAAUCUGGGAAGCCACACGAUACUACUAAAACUUCCACAAAAUUUGUUAGUGGAGGUAUUAUUGGAGGUAACACAAAUGCCUCUGCUACAGAAGAGGUAACUGGAGGCAAUGCUUAUGUGCCUGUGACUGAACAGGUCAACAAACGUAGAAAAAAUGUUUUGAGUCGAACAGCAGCAGCGGGGGGAACAAAACAACAUGUAACAGCUGGGCAAAAAAGGAAACGUAAAAGACAGAAACAGCGUGACAUUACUAAAACUUUCAUAAAAUUCCUAAGUGGAGGGUUUACCGGAGGUAAUGACAACGCCCCUGUGACUGAAAAGGUUGACGAAUACAGUACCGGUGUUUCGGAUCGAGAAGCACAAGGAGAGGAGGAAACGGCUGGCUCGAUGAGGCUGGCUGUUGUGCCAGUGGGUUUCCCUGAUGUUAAAAUGACAGAGGAGCAGGCAGAGAUGGUGUGGGCUGCACUCACAAACAUGAUUGACCCAUCUGAGUCUGAGGAAUUGGUCCAGUUUUCUGCUAUGCAGUAUGAGAAUGGGGGCUUGGCGAUCACUUGUACAGACAGGGCGACCAAAGUAUGGCUGCGUAAGACCGUUCCGAAGCUUGUUCCGUGGAUAGGAGCCUGUCUCACAGUUGGACAGGCGGAUUUGACAUUGAAGGGUACGAAGUUCAUACUGUCAUUGCCGAAGGCAAUGAAGGGGAGAUCUGACGAGGAGGUUCUGGACUUGUUUCAGAAGCAAAAUAAAGGCAUCUCCACUACCAAGUGGAAAGUCUGUAGCAGGCUGACAGAGGCAGAUGAGAGAGAGAGGCUGACUCUUUGGGUUGAUGAGAAAUCAUUUCAGGAUUUGAAAGCUCGCGAUUUUAAAUUAUUCCUCGAUUUAAGUAUUGUUUACCUCUUGCAAUGGUCACAGUGGGAGAACCUGCCAGCUGAUUCUCGUGUGAGAGUGUGGCACGACCUGCAGCCUGUGGUUCAGAAUCUGCCACUGGCCCAGACUCGAUACAAACCACUUCGACCUGUGGAGACUGAGCUCUUGUCUCAAAAUUUUCCGCUACCUCUGGUACCAGUUUUGCAAACUUGGGCUGUGGAUCGAUCUCUGUCACCCACAGUCCCAGGCAUUGGGCCUAAUCUUCCAGACUUCAGGUGUGAGGAUCAGGGUAGACCACAGUGUCGUGAACAUUUAUUUGCCAAUAAAGAUCCUCAUUUUCGUGAAGCACAGUUUGUGGUUUCAGGUCAGCUCUUACCACAAGAGCAUAUGUUUACAGUACCUGCUGCACUGCGGAAUCACGAGUCUAGAUUCUUGGCAAAAGAACUGCGUUGUGAGUUUGGCUUCGAGACUUCAGAACAUUUGCAGCUGCAGGAAGUUAGUUACAUGAUAGUGAAACGAUCACAGCACGGACACACAAAAAACAACUUGGAUCGAGACCAGGAAAACAGGUACUUCACUUCGGACCAUCGACACAAUCGUGAAAUAGGAUACAGUGAGCCAGAACCCCUUCAGCUCCAUCAGUCAAGAUAUAUGGAUUUGGAUCGGCUGUCACCUCGAGAUGAGAGAGAUACGGUUUGGGAUCGGCUGUCAUCUCGAGACAAGAUACCUACAGUGUGGGAUCGUCUAUCACCUCAGGGUAAGAAGUAUAUGGCGUCCGAUGGGCUGUCACCUCAGGGUAAGAGGUAUAAAGCUUCCAGUUGGGUAUCACCUCGAGGUAAUAGGUGUGAAACUUCCAGUCGAGUGUCACCUCAAGGUAAGAGGUAUAAUGCUUCAGAUUCACUGUCAUCCCGAGAUAAGAGGUGUAAAUAUUCCAAUUGGCUGUCAUCUCACGAUGAAAGGCACAUGCCUUCGGACCGGCUCUCACCUCGAGAUGGAAAGUACACACCUUUAGACCAUAUGUCACACCGAAAUGGGAGGCACAUGGUUUCAGAGCAGCGAUCGCCCCGAGACGGGAGGUACGCGGCUUCGGAUCGGCUGUUGCCUCGAGGUGGGAGGGACGUGGCUUCGGAUCGACAUUUGCCUCGGGAUGGGAGGGACGUGGCUUCGGAUCGACAUUUGCCUCGGGAUGGGAGGGAUGUGGCUUCCGAUCGGCUGUCACCUCGGGACAGGAGGUACGCGGCUUCGGAUCGGCUGUCGACGCGGGAUUCGAGGUAUGCGGCUUCAGAUCAGCUGUCGUCCUGGGAUGGGAGGUAUGCGGAUUUGGAUCGGCUGUCACCCCAGGAGUCGAGGUACACAGCUUCAGAUCGACUGUCGCCCCGGGAUUCGAGGUACGCGGCUUCAGAUCGGCUGUCGCCCCGGGAUUCGAGGUACGCGGCUUCAGAUCGGCUGUCGCCCCGGGAUUCGAGGUACGCGGCUUCAGAUCGGCUGUCGCCCCGGGGUUCGAGGUACGCGCCUUCGGAUCGGCUGUCGCCCCAGGAUGCGAGGUACGCGGCUUCAGAUCGGCUGUCUCCCCGGGAUUCGAGGUACGCGGCUUCAGAUCGGCUGUCGCCCCGGGGUUCGAGGUACACGGCUUCGGAUCGGCUGUCGCCCCAGGAUGCGAGGUACGCGGCUUCAGAUCGGCUGUCGCCCCGGGGUUCGAGGUACGCGGCUUCAGAUCGGCUGUCGCCCCGGGGUUCGAGGUACGCGCCUUCGGAUCGGCUGUCGCCCCAGGAUGCGAGGUACGCGGCUUCAGAUCGGCUGUCUCCCCGGGAUUCGAGGUACGCGGCUUCAGAUCGGCUGUCUCCCCGGGAUUCGAGGUACGCGGCUUCAGAUCGGCUGUCGCCCCGGGAUUCGAGGUACGCGGCUUCAGAUCGGCUGUCGCCCCGGGGUUCGAGGUACACGGCUUCGGAUCGGCUGUCGCCCCGGGAUGCGAGGUACGCGGCUUCAGAUCGGCUGUCGCCCCGGGAUUCGAGGUACGCGGCUUCGGAUCGGCUGUCGCCCCGGGGUUCGAGGUACGCGGCUUCGGAUCGGCUGUCGCCCCAGGAUGCGAGGUACGCGGCUUCGGAUCGGCUGUCGCCCCAGGAUUCGAGGUACGCGGCUUCGGAUCGGCUGUCCCGGGAUUUGAGGUACAUGGCUUCGGAUCGGCUGUCGCCCCUGGUUUCGAGGUAUGAGGGUUAUGAUCAACAGUCACUUCGAGAUAAAAGUUACACGACUUCUGAUUGGUCUUCGUCUUGUGAUCCUAGGCACAAAGUUUCAGAGCAGCCACCAUCUCGUGAUUGGUACCUCCCUUCAAAUCAGUCACUGUCUUCUAGUUCUGGGUACAUUACUCCAAUCCAGGAGAAAUCCCCAAAUUCGAAGUGGAGAGGCUCAGUUCAACAAUCCUCCAGUGAUUCCAAUUCUGUAGGUCCGCAUGAGUCACUGUUCCAGGAAUCCACAUUCCGAGACAGAAAUCAGGUGCAGUACAAUGAAGGUAGAUUUGUGGAAUCUAGACUGAGAAUGUCAGCUUACCCACUACGCAGGGAAUUUGAUGAUACAGUUUCUCACACGCUACGUUCACAGGAAAACAGAUUUUAAAGUUCAGAUGUCCUGUUCCAGCAAUCUGUCAUAUUAUAAAUUCUUUUCUCUUGAGAUCUUUGGGGCUAACUGGUAGACAUUCAGUGAUACAAGCACUUACUGUUGGAGGUGAAUUUGUAUCAAAAAUGUAACAUUCCAGUUUGUGGAGAGUUUAACCAGUAUUGCAUAAAUCAUUGUAACAUUUAGUUACCCUUCUAUAUUUAGGGCAGGACAACAUUUAUAACUCUUUCAGCUCUACAUCUGCCUAUAAUUCACAACAUUGUUUGGAAUUAAACUUUGAAGUGAGUUUGAAAGGCUUCAGGUUUAAAUUCUGUUAAAAGGAGUGCCUCUGCUAUUCGUAGCAGGCCUGUCCAUUUGCAAGUUCUUUAAACAGGUUUGAAGUGUGUUUUGUUUCAUUUGUCUGUCAGAAAUGUUUCUGAUUUUGUGACUAAUUUUGUAUGCUGUAUGUUAUAUAAAGAAAGGAAAAAGUUGGAACUACUUCAAAUGUUUUUGUACACAUCUAGUGAUGUCCUAUUAUUUAUGCCAGAGUGAAUGUUUAAAUGUGAGUUUGGUGUGCAGGGAAUUUGGUAAACCAAAUAACUAAAAAAUGCACUUAUUUGUGUGUGUGUGUGUGUGUGUGUGUGUCCUGUUUCAUUUCAGCAGUUGUUAUUCAAAAUAAGUACUUUGAAACUGGAACUUUUUUUUUUCCCCCAGAAUAUAAUUUUGUAUAAAUUUGUAGAACUUGAAAUAAAAUACUUGAUCAA